UGCUGUGUUCAUUUCAAAAUACCUAUUGGCAACAUAUACAUAUACACAUAUUUUGAUUGGUAUUUAUUUGGAAAUCGUAAAAAAUCACCCCCGAUAAUUAUUAAUUUAUUUUAUCAUUUUAUGAAUUAAUUAAAUAAUGAUAAAUAAUGUCAAGGAAAGCAUUAAUGUUGUAGUGCUACAGAACAAGAAAUAGAAUGUGAAUUUUCAAAAUACGGAACGAAUUAAGAGAAUUUUUAUUAAUAAUAAUGUGCAAAAUAGCUUUGAGAUAUGAUUGUAUUUCUUCCAGACAUUACUACAUUGCCAUGAUCUUCCAUUACAGGCGCAUUAAUGUUGUAAGAAAGGAAUAUUUCGCAUCAUUUUUCUAACUUCCAACUGCAUAACGGAUUUAGGCAAACCAGCUAACAUGGAAGGUGCUAGAGGACGAUCUAGCAUGCACGGCAAUUCCUAUCAUCUGCGUAUGGCAAUGGUGGUACUGCUUCGCGCUUUCACCCUACGCCGUGAAGACAAGUUAUCUGAAUUUAAAAUUACUAUGGAAGAUCCCAAUGCUGGCAAAUUUGAUGACGUCGUAUUUCAGUACUCAUCGCCAUGUACACCGAAAGAUCUCGCUUAUGUUUAUAUACAGGCGAAACAUAAGCAGACAUCAGAUCGCGUAAGAAAUGUACAAUCAAUUACGGAAGCUACUUUGCUUACCAAAUGGAACUCGAAGGGCGCUUUUUCUAUUCCCAUGUACUUUGUGUCAUACCUGAACGGGUAUGAAGAAUCCUUGGCGGGUUCUCAUACUUAUAUUUUGUGUACCAAUGCAUCAAUUGAUAGACACCUGCUGGAAUAUAUGACAAUACAGACACAAGAAGUCGACCAUAUACUGUCAUUCUGCGAUGCGAUAGGGGGCACAUGUUACAGCUUCAGUAGCGAAAACGAAUUUAAAACACUCACGAAUGAGUUAAGAAACGCAAGCUUAGAAAAAUUAGGACAGAUGAUCGCGCAACACGUCAAAAACAAAAAACCGAUUUCUUGUAAUAUAUGUAUAUUUAACAUUUACGUUACUUUAAUUGCUAAAUUUGUACAUGAACUUGAUACCGGGAUAUUUCAAUUCAAUGAAGGCUUUCGCAGUUCAGAAGAUUCAACGGCCAUAGGAAUAGUACGGAGUGGUUUUAUGGAGGAAUAUUUAAAAUCUAACCCCAAAGCAGGUCCAACAGUCGAGUGGGAGAAAAUUCAAAUUAUGGUUGAUCAACCAUUGUCUAAUUCUAUUUUAAAAGCUUCUUCGGAAAGCUAUGAAGAAACUUCAUGUUAUGAUAUAGUUAAUAUAGUUAUUCAACAGUUUUAUAAAAAAUUUAUAUUAGUAUGCGGAUCGAUGAAUGCGACACAACUUGGCCAGACAAUUAUGGAUAUAAUGCCAAAUUGGAUGCAGAAAGAAGCAGCAUUCAGCAACCUGACAAAUUUGCUGCUUAAUGGUAUGAGCGAAACGACCCAGCUGAGUUUGCAAGACCUGAAACAAUAUUUUAUAGAAACAAAUGCGAAUAAAAUGUUUACCAAUUUUCAAGACUUUACAAAGAAAUAUCAGGAGUCAAUGCAGGUAAAAUAUUCUCACAUUAUUGUAGAUUCCAAUUGCUUAAAAGAUACUGCACUGAAUGAAUUUAUCAGAUGCACUACGCAAUAUGUUUAUCGAUAUCGUUGCACAACAAAUAUGAACAUGAAUGCCUUAAUUGUAUCACAAACCUUAGCUUUGCAUAAGUAUCAAUGUCUAUUUGUGAAUAGUGCAUCAUCUAUAUUUCAAGUGAAUAUCUCUGAUGUUCUUUGUGAACUAAUGGAGUUCAUUACUGCUGUUGAUCUGUCUACUGAAUACAUUAUAACGAUCCUCGGUCAACAGGAAUUGAAACAGCACUGAAAGCAAUUAAAGAGCACGCAAAGUUGUAUAAAAUGAAAGUAAUCGUAGUAGAAAAACCAGCCGAAGAAGACUUGGCGGAGGAUCGUUUAUUCGUUUGUGAGCUUACCGACGAAGCAAGGAGGCAGUUGUUUGAACAAUAUGGCAAGUUAAACCUUUAUGGAACGAUAAUAGCUCUCGACAGAGUUGUGAGAGAUGAAGAUGAUUUAAAAAUGUUAUUUAGUGUGUUAGAUAAAAGUGACGAUACCGAAAGUCGAAAAUCUGAAAACAUAAACCAAACAAAAUUUGAUAAAAUCAAACAGUGGUACAUUGCUCGGUGUUGUGUACCAUACUCUGAGCAUAAACACGAAUCCGAGGAGUUUUUGGUCGACAAGGAAAUAACCGAGGAAAUGCUAAAGCCAAUCAUAGCUCUGAAGAAUGAAACGAGUAAACUUCCUGACGUUUUAAAACAUGAGGAUAAUGUUAAGGUUCAUAUCUUUCUAGAUGAAGCCGGUUCUGGCAAGUCCACCUACUUCACGUGGCUGGCAUCUGCUUUAUCGAGAGAGAACCCUUCAUCGUAUGUCAUUCGAAUGAACGCUCUACAAUAUUCAACUGAUUUCCGUCAAUUACAAACAUUCGAUCCCAGAACCCUUGAUGAUACAGAAAUAGUACGGAUCCUUUAUCGUCUUCUUCAUUAUACUCUAAUUUUGGCCAAUGUUAAUUUGCGAUCAAUUAAUGAGGAGAGAGAGAAAGCAGAGCGCAUCGUCAAGCUGUUCAACGUUUUGAACGGAAAAGUUAUCCUUGAUGAAAGAGAGAUGAAAUUAAGACAGUUGACUUUAGAAGAUGUGCUAGAGCUAAGACUGUUUCAAAACAAGUUCAACGAAAGGCAAUUUAUUUGUCUACUCGACGGCUUUGAUGAGAUAGCGCCGCAUUAUAAGGAUUUUGUUAUGCGAUAUUUUUCACGAUUGACCCAUUUUAAAGCCAUUCGAAACCUAUACAUAUCAACCAGACCGUAUAAUUUUAGAGAUGAACUAAAACACAUAUUCUCUGAAUGUAUUUUGUGGCGACUCGAACCAUUUUCCCAGAGAGAACGAUUGCUUUUUUUGAUCAACUAUCUCGAACAUGAAAU